AUGGUCGACAGGACUGUCGACCAUCUGUCGGAUCUGCCUCAAUAUUUGCGCGACACACUGAGUCGGCUACCAGAAGAUCACACCAUUGCCCUCAGCAAUACCAGGGGACCCUCAGUACCGGACAUCAACAAGCUGACGGAUCGUAGGAAAAGAUAUGCGUACUUGCUUCUCUCCCGCCACCGCUUGACUCAGCGUCUAGCCGAAUGUCCAGGUCCCUGUCCGGACCUUGUUCUCCAGCGAGCUGAAGUCUACGAGGCUCUUGGGUACAGCGAGUUAGCGCUGGCAGAUGCCUAUGUCUCGUACACCCUUUGUCUGGUCGCUCUGGACGGUCCUGAAGUCUCGGAUCUUGAGCCUGUUUACUCCGAUGGGGAGCCUUGGCCGGCUUCUGAUGGAACCCAGAGCGAGAGUGAGUUGAGCCCUGUGGCAUUGGGGCACAAAUACCGCUCGCUUGUCCUGAUGUGUCGCUCUGCGAUUAUCCUGGGUGCCCAGACCCAGGCGAAACUGUGGAUUGACGAGGUCUUGGCGGUGAAGAGACUUAUCCGGCGUUUAAACGGGGAGGAGCCUCGAGAGCCGCUCCGGGACAUUGAGGAGGUAGUGGGAGAUUUCUCAGAGUACUCCACUGUCUACGAGGACGAGUCGAAAUUCCAUAAAUGUGUGAAGAUCCUCCGGCGCGAUGACAAGCCAACGUUGUUUGGUUGGUGUCAACGCCUAAUAUAUCCAUGGAAUGAUUACGAGCCUGACAGAAUGUCUAAAGAAUCAUUGAAGGAGAUCAACGAUAAGCUCCAUGAGGUUGCGCCGGAUUUGGAAGUGGAAAUAUCCACACUGCCAACUCUGACUCCAUCGGCUGAUGGUAGUACACAGAGGAUUUCUGUUGGUGAGGUGAAAACCAUUGUGUCUUCUGCAGCUAAUUGCUCUUCUCAAUUGGGGUUGUUUGCCAAAAUGCAACUCGCACCUGGGACAACCAUCUUGAAAGAGCGAUCAGUCCUCACCGCCAUUCGGCCACAUGGCGAGGCCCUCUGUGACGCCUGUGCGGCUGACAUGGAAGGCAUUGAUCGAGAAGAUCGUAGAUAUUGUACAGGAUGCAAUAUCCCCUUCUGCUCGGAGGAUUGUCUUGCAGCCGCAACAGAACGUUACCACCGACCGAACGAUGAGGACUAUCAGACCGAUGAGGGCUAUCCUCCUGCUGAAGCGCCCUUUUGCCCUGGAACCAGUGGCACUGACGACAUCCAUACACUUGGUCGCGCCGAAAGUUCGACUACCCCUGAAUGGGAUUUGCACUUUUUGCUCCUGUCACGAACCAUGCAGAUGGCCGAGACACAGAAGCUGCAUCCCCUGGAUCUCUUUGAGACCAAAUAUCUCUGGGGGGACUUCUCUCCGACACCAGAAGUCAUGGAUCUUCCGAUCAAGAGUGGUCCCAAAUCACUACCGUACAGCGUGCGCCAUCAUGUCGAGUUGCCUCUCCAGUGGUUUGAAAUUCUCAUGCAUUCACGGGAAAGGUGCAGACCAUACAGCGCCCAUUGGUUGAAGAAUUACGACUGGUGGAUUGUUCAGACACUCUUUGCCAAAUUUCGUGGAGUAGCCGACGCACAACAAUCAACUUGGACAGGCAAGCCUGAGGUCGCAGCCGUGCAUCCUCUUUGGUGUUUGGCAAACCACAGCUGUAACCCGAACGCCACUUGGAAACCUUCGGGGGUGAGGAACUUGACGGUGGUUAAAGAGAGGGUAUGGGAGAGGCCUGGAAGUCCUUCGCCAACCACCUGGGAAGGCAUCCGUGCUGGUGAAGAGAUUUGGAACCACUACACCGACGUGCAGGAAAAGGACUAUCGAGAGCGGCGAGCCCGGUUGCAGGCGGUCCUCGGUGGAGAUUGCAGGUGUGAGAGGUGCACAUACGAAUCAGAACAACGCUGA